UCUUUGAUCUUGGAACAUUCAUUAAAGAUGAUUUUACUUGUACUUCAAGUCCUGUUCGUCCUUCCACACACCACAACGGGAUCCAUUAAAGUGGCUGAAAGUUACUGGAUUCUUAAACCAAAUGAGCUGGUUGUGGAUGAGGAUAUGGCCAAAUAUGGUAGCAAGGUACAGGUUCCAUUGAUGUGUGGGGAGGCCUUUGAGGGUCAGGACAUCAUAUGGAGGAGAGAGAGCGGAGAGAAGCUGCAGGAGCGAGGGAACAGAAUACUUGUGACCGUGGAGGAGAGGCGGGGAGGUAGAUACACCUGUUACAGCACAGAUGAUUCCUACCUCAACCACACUCUGGUACUGGUGCGGUGGCCCUACAAGAAGAUUAUUAAAGAGAUACCGGAGAAAGGUUAUGUCCACUGUUCAACAAACAACUACAGUGGCUCUUUUCAGUGCUCCUGGACCUGGGAUGAAAAAAGGGCUGGAAAAGUUGUACUUAUUAAAGCAGUACGAUCUUACAGUGGAGGAAACGUCAGCUGCAGCCUGAACUCCAGUGGACAGAGCAUUACAUGUCAGGACCACGAAUACUGCCCCUAUGCCGAGGAGCUGGAGCACAUCAAUUUGACCAUUUAUUUCCGAAGCAACUACGUUGUGGAAACCUAUUAUCUACGGUUUCAAAUUUCAGACAUAGUGAGGCCGGACAUGGUGCGUGUCAAAAGGAAGAAUAAUACUCUGGAGCUGCAGUACCCAGACACCUGGAACAUCCCCAUCUCCUACUUUCGUCUGACCUUCCAAGUGAAAGAGAUCCGCUGUGGGAGGAAAAGUGACUGCAACUGCUCCACCCGCAAAUCAUCAAAGGUGAACCUCAUCCAGGAUCAGCACUGGCCACUGAAAAAGGGGGUGACAGUGUGUGUGAGAGCACAGGAUGACCUGUGUAACUCCCCCUGGAGUGAAUGGACCCAGUACAAAUGUACUAAAGAAAAAAACAAGAAAAGAACAAGAAAGAACAAGAAAAAGAGGCCUCAAAAAGAAGAGUAA